CGUAAUAUUGAAUAUUAAUAAUAUUUUUUGAUUCGUGAAUAAUUCAUUUAAAAUGGCCUCUGUGACAGUCAAUAAUAUGAAGGUGAGGGACCAUUCCCCUGCCAACCAGAACACAAAUGCUGGAUUAUCUGAUGAUUCAUUAAUAUCCUCAGAUAAGGAUAGCGAUUUUGACUUCUUUCUGAACUCUCCAGCCCCAGUGCAAGAAAGUAAACCUGUGGUGGUAGGAAAAAAUUGUGGGGUGAAAUCAACGUGUUUUGACUCAUGUAAAUAUUCCUUAUACGAACAAGUGCUUUGGAGUGCCCAAGUUCCAGCGAAGAAGGAUUUCUGCGAUUAUGAUAAAAAUCUUAUUGGCUCCCCUCGAAUGAAAAGAAAGAUUGCCCUUGGAGCGCUAAAGGAGCAGAGAAAGGAAAAAUGCAUCAUUGAUAGGUCAGCCUUAGGAGAAAAAAUGAAGAAGAUGUCUAAGAUGGUCUCAACUCUUUUGUUUUAUCGCAUCUGAUAUUCCCAUGCGAAUGUAGAGAAGCCAACAGAGAAGGCUUUAAUGUUUAAUGAAGGAAUGUUUUUACCAUCAAAAAGGAUCAUAAGAACGACAUGAGAUUAUCCGAUGACAACGACAUUCCCAAUUUUUCAAUUUACAGUUGCAACCACUGAACUUUCGGAAGUAUGCAACGACCCUCAAAAUUCGCAUGAUGUGGAUCAGAAUUGUUUCACAAGGAUGAACAAGAGAUUUCACCCAAGAAACAUAGAUACAAAAGUGAAAUCUAAAUACCGAUAUUUAAAGAAAGAAAUUAAAGAUUUCAUAAGUGAGAUUUUCAGUGAAUUAAGUCUAGAUUCAGAGUGAAUCCUGACCUCUCUGAUCUACUUAGAACGUCUCAUCUCGAAAGCUAAACUUGAACUGCGUGCUAGUAAUUGGAAACCUUUGAUCCUAACCAGCAUAAUCCUGUCUUCUAAAUAUUGGGAGGAUUGUUGCUUCUGGAAUUAUGAUUUCUUAGAAUUCUGUAAGUACUCUAUCCCAGGACUAAACCUGAUGGAGACUAGGUUCAUCACGAUGAUAGACUUUGACUUCACCAUAUCCUCUUCCUUAUAUGGCAAAUACUACAAUAAAGUGACUAAGAUGUACAUAGAGUUCACUAAAUUCGAGGAUAUGGAAAGGAAAAGAGCUAGCUACCGUAAAUAUGGCUUUGUCAAAAAAAGCUAACUUAGCCACCUCUGGUAAAUUUAAUUGGUUACUUAUCCAAUCUUA